UCCCGCGGCCGCACUUUCACUCUCGCUCCACCUCGGUGCCCUCCUGCCGUCCAGCCCCGCAGCCGCCUCCGGCGCGCCCUCCCGCCCACGCCAUGGACGCCAAGGUCGUGGCCGUGCUGGCCCUGGUGCUGGCCGCGCUCUGCAUCAGCGACGGUAAACCCGUCAGCCUGAGCUACAGAUGCCCAUGCCGGUUCUUCGAGAGCCAUGUCGCCAGAGCCAACAUCAAACACCUGAAAAUCCUCAACACUCCAAACUGUGCCCUUCAGAUUGUUGCGAAGCUGAAGAGCAAUAACAGACAAGUGUGCAUUGACCCGAAAUUAAAGUGGAUUCAAGAGUACCUGGAGAAAGCUUUAAACAAGGGGCGCAGAGAAGAAAAAGUGGGGAAAAAAGAAAAGAUAGGAAAAAAGAAGCGACAGAAGAAGAGAAAGGCUGCCCAGAAAAGGAAAAACUAGUUACCUGCUUCCUGCAGAUGGACCGCAGUGCCUUCUGCUCUGCCGCUUUGUAACUUGCAGACCCCACACCCCGGGCAGGGGCUCAGACUUGAUGGUAAACGCUUCCCUCUUCCUGGGGCAGACCCUCACACCCCGGGCAGGUGCUCAGGCUUUCCUGCCCUGGUGGGCACACCAGCUGCUGUAUUUAUGUGCUUCUUAAGGUCCUGCUCCGUCUGCUAAGCUAUGAAGAAAGUAAAUGUACAGAGACUGGGGUGGAGGCUAAGCCACAGAGGACCAGCCUAGCCUGGCAGCAUUGCCCCGAGCUGAGCCCCUGGCUGGGAAUUCAGAAGGCUCACACCUAAACUCUGCAAUCCUGUGAAGGCCAGGGUGAUCUGCUUAGCCAGGAAAGGGCAUGCACCUUCCUCUGAACCACACUGCCCCUGUGGUCCUUUCAGGACAUGAGGUAACUGACUUGCUGUCAGGCCCACCACAAGCUUUUCCAAGUACCUACAGUCUGGGAAGGACCUUCAGCCCUUCAGCUCUGCUUCCCUGGCUGUGUGAGCAGCUUUGCCUGCAGCCCAGAAGGGUUUUUGCAGACUGUGUUGGGUGAGCAGCAGGGAUGAUGAAAUCUCAGAAAACAGAUGUGAGCUGCUUCUCAGGGAAUCUUUUCUUUGGACGACUCACUUUAGAGUCUUUAAACGGGUCCCUCGUGGGGAGGGCAGAUGUGCUCUGGAACUUUCUGAAAGGCCAGCAGCUUCAGGGACUCUUAGUCUGUCCUCCGUCGUUUUGGUCCCAACAUCCCUGGGAUGGUGUGCUUUCUGGAACAGCUGCCUCCGUCCUCACGCCUGAGAGAUUCCUGCCUUUCAUGAGUUGGGUUAAAGUUCUAGAAUUUUCCACUCCCCUACCCCAUCCUCUCCUAGGAAUUUUUAUCUUUUUUGUUUGUUGGUUUUUGUUUUGCCAGUUUGGAUUGGAAGGAUAGAGGCAAGCGAAGCCCUCAUUUCAGUAGCGAUUGGAAAGGAUCUUUGUAUUUCUUGACCCUCCUCUUCACCUCAUGUAGACACACUCACACUUCUAUGAUUUUCACAAUUGGUGCGGAAAGAAUCAAUGAUCUGAAGCUGCAUCAAAUCGAUUUCCGGGGAAGGAACGCCCAGGGCCCUGUGUGUCAUACUCUCUUGGGUCCCUAAGUUCUGUGUUCCUUAUAGGUUCUACCAUUAAAUAGGUAUAGCCUUUCAUGGUGCUUGGUGGGGAAGUUACCAACUACUACCCCUUUAUCUGGACAGCUGUGCCAGCCCCUAUCUUUUCCUCAGAUCUGGGGAUAGCAGGCUGGACUACAGGUGGGCACCUCUUCAGGCCUAGGGUCCCUGUCUGUCCUUCUUGUGGCGGCCAGCUGCAGUCCAGUCUCAGUGGUUCGGCUAGAGCCUCCCUCCUGUUACUAAAACACUCCCGAAGGCCAGAAAGCCACAGCUCUGCUGAGAAAGGGGAUGCCCUGCCCCUCCAGAACACUGACAGCUGUGGCCCCUAGCAACCAAAGGCCAAACGAGGCUGUCCUGAGGGGAGAAAGCACUUUCUGAAAUGCCCAUGGACUCUUCCUCCCACCAUCCAUUUCUAACCCAUAGGGGAGCUGGCUGUAGAGACUAGGAGAGUAGACCAUUCCUUAGGAACCACAGCGGGCUCUGCUUGCUUUCUGUGACUCCCAAGAGCCCCUCUGUGCUUAUGAAGGCUUCCUAAUGGGCAACCCCAGCCUGCUGGACCCAGUCACCAUGGAAAUGCCUGAGAAACAGAUUUCAUCUUGUGAUGGGUUGAAAUAGGAUGUGCUCAGGCAGGUGAAAGACGUAGUCUUUACACUGUCCAGCACAGAUGCCUUCUGGGAGGACAUGCAGCUCCAGAGGUCACCUUCUGAGUGCCAAGACCUCUUCUGGUGGUGUGGGACCAGCCAAGGAAAUUUCAAGGAAGAAUGAAUUUCUGAUGGAAGCUGUGGGAACUGCCUCUUGGAGCUUUGAGGCGUGGGGGUGCCCGGAAUACAGAGCACCUGCUGUUGGUGGGGUCCGUACAUGGCCUCAACACCACUGUCCUAAGGCUAAGGCAGUGUGCCUUGUCAUGUGCUCCUCGUACCAUGCCUCCUAUGCCAGUGUGUGUCUGCCUUCCCCUGUGCUUGACGUGUUCACCUGUCUUCUCUGCUUCCCACCAUCAUCCAGACCUCCAGCGUGAGCCCUGACUGUGUCCUUCCCUGCUUUCCCAAUCUCUCAGGCCUCAGAAGGAAGACACAUGGCUGCAAGCUGAACUAAGGAGUAGGGCCGGUGGCUGCUUCGAGGCCACGCGGCAUCCCAGGCACGUGGUGAAAACCUGCCUUAACGGUGUCUCCUCUGUUCUUGUCAACAGGAGGUUCAAGAUGUGAGAGGCGUGGGGCAGACGCCUGAGGAACUUGCAGAAGGAGCCUAGGUCUGAAGUCAGUGUUAGGGAAGGGCCCAUAGCCACUUCCUCUGCUCCUGAGCAGGGCUAGAGCCAUUUCCAAGGGACUCGCUUUGCACAAUUUGCUGUAUUUUCACCAUUUCAUUAUGUAGCAAGAUACAUGGUGUUUAUUUCUCAUUUAGUCAGAUUGUCCAAUGUCAUUGGUGAGAGGCCAAGGCCGCUAUGUUAUUUCCUUUGUUAUAGUAUCUUUCCCAUGGAAGACCUUCUCUGACUAAGGCCUCCCCAGGUUUGUCUCUCUGAGGCUCACCCUUUUUCUGAAAGGGAAUUGGAUGUCCCCACCCCAAUGACUGCAGGGCUUUCCCAAGCUGAGGCAGGAGUGUGAGGUCAGGGGCAAGUGAGAUCCACCCUCAUCCCACGCUCUCCUCCUCAUCCCAUCAUGCUCAUCAUUCUCUCUCAUCCAUCAUCAUGUGUCUCCAAGACUCUCUCCGUCCGUGAUCCUGAAAAGGACUCUCAAGAUGAAAUCUUUUAUUCAAAUGGGACAGCAAGAAGGAAAGAAAAGUGUCUGGUGUUUCCCCCAAAAACCCUGUGCGCGUCUAAUGUCUUGUUUGGAAUAUUGUCUGUUCAACCUCCCGCUUUUGUUCAGAGUCUAUGUCCGCAUGACCAAUGUCCAUGACCAAUGUCUCAUCUGUGCACUGUCUCUAACCCAAAUGCAAAAGCUGAGUAUGAGGUGGUGCCCUGAGAUCCAGGCUGUGAUCAUGGAGUGUGAGAACAGUAGUCUUGGUUUCCUCACUGCUCAGAGGGUCAUUUUGGACCCACAAAGCCCAAAGAAAUGUGGUUUGCAGCAGCACUUAGCUCUGAGAACCGUAGAACCUCAAUAUUUCCAUAACUGUUAUCUUAAGACUGUGGCCUUAAGUCCAUCAUUCUGUUGAGGGUUGACAGCAGGCCGCAAUUCUUUUAAAUCAUUUUGAAAAGGGCAGCGAAUAAGCGAAUGAACAUUGUACCCGGCUGGGCAUUUCUCUGAAGCCUAGCAGGUGGGAGUGGCCACUGUUUGAUGUGUGGCUCUCCAAGUGUUUUGUCCUCUGCAGUCAAGCUCACUGCCCCUUUGACUAAAGCACAGUAAAAACUCGCCAGUUCUUCAAAGGACAAAGAUGUAGGGGGAAGAGGGAAGGAAGGAGAGGCACCCGUUGGCUUCCACCCGAUGGAGGAAGCAAGUUAUGGUAAGAUAAUCUUCAAAAACAGGCGAUUGAGAGCAAAUAAGUCUGUAGAAUUGUUAGCGAUGUGUGCAGGAGGGGGGAGGAUUCUUAUGACUAGUCCAUCCAGCAAGAUUUCCAUCAAAUUUGAACGAGAAACUAAAAGCUGGUUAGGAUGUGGGGCAUGUGGGUAGUUGCGGAGGCAGAUCGUUAUGAGGAUGCAGAAUUGUUUUAAACCCUCUUGAAAUGGCCGUGGGAAUGGAACAGAUACCACACAACCGAGUUGCUAGUGCAGCGGCCACUUGGCACCUAAUCCAAGCUUUUAAGGAUGUUUGCUUGGAAGGAAGGCAACCAGUUCAGCCCUCCAACUUCAUUAGGGUUAGGGAUCCUUUCAAGGUGUCCUAAAAAGAUAAGGGGGGAACCUGCCGGGAGACUCAUUUGUGUAUCAAUUCCUCCGAUGACAAUCAGUCUCUAGGUGGAGACACCCUGGCUAAAGCAAGUGUGCAUUUAAAUAGUACAUUUACAUAGGAAAAGUCCUGCCCUCCCUUAAUCCCCCCUCCAUCAUCUUGCAGAGACUGUUGUUGAUUUGGGAACACGUAGCUGUCCCUCCUGGUCCCGGUGCUGCCUGCUUCCCACCUCUCCUCGGGCGGCGCCGAGUAACCUGCCAGGCAGCCUGCCCCUCUGUUACCAGCCUGUGCAUCAGGAUAGGGAGAGGGGGUUGGAGACAUCAGUCUGCUUCGUGUUGAAACCCAGAUCUGUGCCUUGUGUUGUUUACACUGUGCUACUGCUCCCCCCCCCCCGAGGGCAAUGGGACAGCAGCAAGGAAGGGCAAAAGGGGCAGCAGAGCCCUCCGUCAGAUCAUUGCCCGUUCAGCUUUGAGAGAGGGCCUGAAAGCAAAAGGCUGCACUCCUCUGUGGGACUUGCCUGAGGCUUUCAGCUUCUCCACUGGGUUCUGUUCAUCUUAUACGUGAGUUUAUGGUCAGUGUUACUAGGGGUUUCUUCACAGCAGUCAGUCAUCCUUCCCCAGGGGAUGCAGUCUUUUCCAGAUGGAUGUAAACUGAGGAAGCAUUCCCUCUACACACCUUCUCUGAUGCUUCCCUGAUCCAUUUUAAGGUAACCAGUCUCGUUCCUCAAAGCCUUCCAUGGAAACCUCCAAAGUCCCCAGCAGACUUCGGCCAUUGCCAAGUUCACAAAACCACUCAGCAAAGUUCUUGCCAACCUCGAUGGGCUUGCAGUGUCUAAGCAGCGAUGUGUUCUGUGUUGCAUGUGGUGAAUACUGUAUUUUGUUUCAGUUCUGUCUCCCAGAUAAUGUGAAAAUGGUCCAGGAGAAGGCAGCUUCCUAUAUGCAGUGCGUGCUUUUUUAUUAUUAUUAUUAUUAUUUCAUUUUUAAUAUAUGACAGUUAUUUGAGAAGCCAUUUCUACUUUGAGGUCAUAUCAAUAAAAAUGAUGUAUCAUCACUUACAAUUUUCCUAAUAAAGUUCUGUAUUCAAAUGUG